AUGAGCAAGACCUUGGGGAUGGACCCAAAGAACUUUAUGUUCGGUAUUAUCUCAGGGGGUAUUAGGGAUGUUACUCCCACAAGUUUCCUCUACAGCAUUGACCCGAAGAACCUGAGUGAGUGGAAGUACAUCGGCCCUCUCGCGAACUUCGGCCUGAAUCUCCGACCGUCUAGGUGGUCUGGUGAUCUGGGCAAGAACUGGGAGGUCACCAACUUCUUGUCGCUGAAUGACGAGAAUGACCCGCGCUCCAGCUAUGACCUCCUCAUCAUGGGCACUGAAGGAUGCCUCCGAGACGGUGUCGAAGAAUCCUUGAGCAGCUCAGGCCCGUCGCGUCCACCCCGUGGCCAGCUUUGGAUGUCUGGCAACCUUCGCAAAGACGAGGCUACUGGCUCUGCUAGUAUUUCAUAUGAGUUUGGAGGUCACCUUGAUCAUGGCUGCCUGUAUGCUGCAAACUCUUUCUUUGAUCCGCGAAGCCAGAAACAGAUUGUCUGGGGUUGGAUCACAGAGGAAGACCUGUGCGAUGAGCUCCGCCAUCAGCAAGGUUGGGGUGGAACCUUGUCAAUGCCCCGACAACUUUACCUGCAAACUCUGCAUAAUGUAAUUGGUUCAUUAGUGUCUGAAUUGCCCUGUAUCACGUCGGUCAGACUCAAGUCUGAGGACGACGGAACUUUGACUAUCCAGACCCUCGCCAGCUACGAGAAGUCAACAGAGAUGACGUUCUUGCCGCAAACCGAAACCUUCGAAAUCCAUCGACCAUCACUUUUCAGGCCAGAUUCAUCUCUAUUGAUCAAUAGCUCGCGUGAAACAGCACCACACACCUUGUUCACAACGAUCGACACCAGUGGAGAAGAGAGCACGGAAACUUUGGACAUUCGUGCGUGGAGGGAUAACUCUGUUCUUGAGGUAUUCGUUAACGGUCGCACCGUGAUCUCCACUCGUCUUUACGUGGCGGAGGAAACAGUCGGUAUGCGAUUCUUCGCAGAAGAAGAUGAAGCUUCGACUACUACGGUGCUACGGACCAGUCACACUGGUUUGACUGAGUUGAAAUUUGCGAAUUUGUGGGAUGGAAUUAAGGUCUAG